UAAGACAAGACCAACACCAAGCGAACGAAUCAAUCCGUAGUACCCCUUGCUCACAAUCGCAAUUGGAACUUGUUCGAGGCUGUUGCUACUUACAGUACAAGCCAAUAGGCUACAUUGAAGAUCAUCCUCGUCCGAAGUGGCAUUCGCAUUGCUGAAAACGCAAACGCAAACGCAAACGAAAAGACACCCGCAGCACAUUGUAUCAUCUCCUGACUGCAAACAUGACAUCCGAUAUGCCUAUUGCACACAGCUCGAGCAUGUCUUCUACAAUCUCGGCAAACAACGGAGCACAUCAGCAGCCUGCCGAAGACGCCGUCAUCGGCAAUGCGGAGCCGCACGAUGGGACCGCACUCACCGACAGCACAAACGCAAGCAACAACGAGCGACCGGAACCAACCACCGCCCCCGGCCUUCCAAAACCCGUGGCGAUCCGUGCCGAAUCCCGGGACACCUCCAUGUGCUCGAGAAACAGCCGGGAUUCCCUGAGGCGAAGCGUAUCGAUGCGCAGCAGUACCUUCACCGAACUCGAGCGGUUGUUCCUAGAGCAGCUGACCGUAGAGGGGACCGACGCCCAGGUCGAAGCGGCCCUCCGGACCGUCGAAGACGAGGAAUUGUUUUUCGCAGACACACCCGUGAUAGGGAACAAUAACAGCAGCAGCAGCAGCAGCAGCAACAUCAACAUCAACAUCAACAUUGGAUCGAGCACGAGUACCGAGGACGACGAUGCUACUCGCGACGGUGUAGCGCUGUCCGUUGCCACCUCGGAGCGCCGGGGCCUCGACAAAUCGGCGACGAGCUCCCUCACCUCUUCCUCCCGCACCGGCACUGCGACUGCCGUGAACGCGAAAGCGAAUUCGUCGCUGGGAUCGAUUCCCUCUGCCGUCGCCGGAUCCUCGAGGCGCCGCGAGGUGUUGGAGCGAAGGAGGAGCGAAUCCUCCCUCAACCUCGCAACCCUCUGGCGGGCCCACCAAUCGGGCCUCGCCGUUACCCAGAGCGGAUCCCGUAGGUCCCUGCUGCGGCGGGAAUCCAGCAUCAGCAGCAUCGGGAGCAACAUGAGUGGUCUCUCCAUUCUGGUGGGAAACCGGGCCCAUCCCGGGGCUUCUCGGGAAGACGUCUUUCGGUCCGAUGGGGCCGCCAAGCCUCCGGCCAAAGCCAGCGAAGGCAGCAGUGGUGGCUUUCGGACCCCCCCAAAGCCAAAACUCCCCAGGCAGCACCAGCCCUUUGUUCCCAGGAGCCUUCCGCUCGCGUCGCGCCGGCCCCAGUACCGCCGCUCGAAAUCCGUCACGCUCGACAUGAUCUCCCCGCAGAGGAGCCUACCAAGGAUCCCGGAACCCAACGCUGUCGAUUCGAAACCCACGCAUCACCGAUCUCGUUCGACCCUGUCGUCUUCCGGUAGAAGAAAGUCGGUUACGUUUCACGACAUCGACGAGGAGCUGGAAUUCGACAAGGACAGAGAAACCUCGGCCGUCACCCCGAUCGAUGCCGUCGACACGGCUGCGAAGAAACCCCAGAACGUGAGAAGGGUGGUGUCGGACUCGCAGAUUGCCAUCCCUGCGGAAUUACAGAAUCCCAAUCAGGCUCUUUUGAUGGCAAGGCAACGACGCGACGGGCUGCAACGGGAGACCAGCAUGAGCAGCAUCCCGAGUCUCCAUCGCGGAGCUCCCAUCCGCCAGGAUUCUCUUUCGAGCAUCCCCUCCCUGCACCAUGGGCACCCACUCCAGGAUUCCGUGUCCGUCAUGGACCGGCAGCAGUCGACCGCUAGCAUUCCAUCGCUUCACCACGGCCAACCCAUCCGGGAUUCGGUGUUUCAGGAUUCCGUCACUAGUUUUGCUUCCAUCCGACAUGGAAACCCACUCGCAGAGUCUCCGUCGGCAGCCAGCAUACCCUCCAUCCGCCACGGGAACCCACUGCGUGACUCUCUGUUCACAACGCGACAGAGCUCGGUGGCCACGUUUGGAUCCAUCCGCCAGGGCAAUCCGAUUCGACAGGAAUCCACCUCCACCCUACCCUCCCUGCAUCCCGCGAGGCCGAUCCGCCAGGAUUCGGUAGCGAGCAGCGUCCAUGUUCCCUCUGGAGUUAUCUCUAUGAGUCGGCAAGUUAUCGCUCAGCAGUUCGGCGUCUCGGCCGGGGUGGCUUCCGCGUGGGUACAGCUCGAGCGGUCGGAAGGCACGCUGCCCGAAGAUGAACCAAAGCGCGUGUCCGGCUUGUCAUCGGAUGGUUCCGUCCCCUCGAUCCCACACGAUGUGACCUUGCCAAUGGUGAAUACCGCCGCGGACGCCGAGGACGAGUUGUCUAUGCGUUCCCCGACAUGCAAACCUCUCUCAAAACCCGUCUUGCUGCGCCAGGCGACCCGAAAUACUUACGAGGGAGAAGGAUUCGAAGUGACAGAGAUGAAAGAAACUCCAAUGAUCGACGACGAGGCGACGGAAGCGCAGGAAGCGCCAAUUAUUGACGGGCCUCUCAGCGAGGCUGAUUCGUAUUAUUACCGAUACACUCCAGAUCAAAACGUGUUCCGCGAUAACGUGGCACCAUUUCCAGACAAUGGUAUCAUGAGGACGGCUGGCUCCUUCGACGAUCUUUCACUCUUUUCUUCCUUUGGAAAGCAGCAACACAGUUCGGAGAUAUUCCGCGACAUUCGUAGGUCCCUAUCGGACGACAACAUGUCUACCAUUUCUAAUCUUGUUGACCAUAAUCGGGAGUUCUUGCUGCAAAUCCCAACCUCCUCCGACGGGCAGUCUGAAAUUAUCGAGGACGACAUUACCGACGGCGGAUCCACCUCGUGGGAAAUGGGAUACGGAUCCCCGAGAGAACAGCGCUUCGAUGCAUGGAAUAUCAUCCAGGACGAAUACGUGAACGGAUAUGGAGGAGCGGGGACACUUGGAUUCAGUAUUUUCGGAACAUCUCUCGAUGACGAGGCCUCGAAACCGCACGUUCUGAGCCCACCCUUAAUGGAGAGCCUCCAAGCAUUUUUGCCCUCCAGCAAGAGUGGCCAAAAUUUCCACAUGAAGUACAGCAUGAUCCGCGAUGGAGCCUCCCUUCAAACCCUUUUGAGAAAGGCUCGGGGGAUCAAGUACUCGAUUCUUGCCAUCGAGACGAUUGAUGGGGAAGUCUUUGGUAGCUUCACGGGGCAAGCCUGGAGGAAGAGCUGGAAUUAUUUUGGAACCGGCGAAUCCUUUUUGUGGAGAAUGAGGCACUCCCGCCUGGAGAAAUCAAACGGAAUCCUCGACCAGGCCCAAAAGGAAUCCGAAAUCGAUGUGUAUCCGUACACGGGAGAAAAUGGAUUUAUCCAGCUGUGCACUCACGAUCGGAUCGCCGUUGGAGGAGGAAUACCAGACGAAACGUACGCCGAAAAGAAAAGUGAGGAGCUCAACAGCAUCCCUCCGCUGGCUAUGAACACACACGACUGGGGUUUCGGGCUGGCACUUCAGUCCGAUCUGCUCCAGGGAUCCAGCAGCCCGUGCGUGACAUUUGGGUCUCCCUCGUUGUGCAAGUCGCAGCCGAUCGGAUCUCGAUUUGAGGUGAUGAACGUUGAAUUGUGGACAACUACUCCUUGCAUGACCGAAGAAGAAGCCGAACGGCUCGAUCUCGGAAAAUUGUUCCUUGGCUCAGGAAACACGAACGUCAAUGAAUCUCUUACCUCGAACUUUACCUAUUGAAGGAAUCCACGACGAGAUCACCCAAACAAUCAACGACAUCCUAUCUGACUAACAAAAAUAAGUAAAGAGU